GUGAGAGACGGUGCGGGUGGCGCGCUCCGAGUACGCGCGCCGGCGACCAUGGCGUUCUCCUGGCAGGAGCGAGUACUUUAACCUCGGGAGGCGGCGGCAGCAGCGGCGGCGAGGGAGCCACCCUCCAGCGGGCGCGCUCCUGCCUGAGGAUAGGGAGGAAGGGGCGGAGAGAGCGCCGGAGGGAGGCCGGUCGGCCAGCGAAGCGCCGAGCGGGGCCCGCCGGUCCAUGAGGAGGCCCCGGGACCAUGGGCUCCAGGAUCAAAGAGGGAACCGCUGACAUGACGAGGAGGCUCCCUCUGCGGGAUGUACCCCAGAAAACCGUCGUACAGCUACUGGGAGGAAGGAGGUCUCCGGAAGCAGAACCCAGAGACUACAUUUGAAGUGUAUGUGGAAGUGGCCUAUCCUAGGACAGGUGGCACUCUUUCAGAUCCUGAGGUGCAGAGGCAAUUCCCAGAGGACUACAGUGACCAGGAAGUUCUACAGACUUUGACCAAGUUUUGUUUCCCCUUCUAUGUGGACAGCCUCACAGUUAGCCAAGUUGGCCAGCACUUCACUUUCGUGCUCACUGACAUUGACAGCAAACAGAGAUUUGGGUUCUGCCGCUUAUCUUCAGGGGCCAAGAGCUGCUUCUGUAUCUUAAGCUACCUCCCCUGGUUCGAAGUGUUUUAUAAGCUCCUUAACAUCUUGGCAGAUUACACAACAAAACAACAGGAAAGUCAGUGGAAUGAACUUCUUGAAACUCUGCACCGACUUCCCAUCCCUGACCCCGGAGUGUCUGUUCAUCUCAAUGUGCAUUCUUAUUUCACUGUGCCUGAUACCAGAGAGCUUCCCAGCAUACCUGAGAAUAGAAAUCUGACAGAAUAUUUUGUGGCUGUGGAUGUGAACAACAUGUUGCAUCUGUAUGCCAGCAUGCUGUAUGAGCGCAGGAUCCUCAUCUUCUGCAGCAAGCUCAGCACCCUAACUGCCUGUAUCCAUGGCUCAGCGGCCAUGCUCUACCCCAUGUACUGGCAACACGUGUACAUCCCGGUGCUGCCCCCACACCUGCUGGAUUACUGCUGUGCUCCCAUGCCCUACCUCAUAGGAGUCCAUUUCAGUCUAAUGGAGAAGGUCAGAAACAUGGCCCUAGAAGAUGUUGUGAUCUUGAACGUGGACACUAACACCCUGGAAACCCCUUUUGAUGACCUCCAGAGCCUCCCAAAUGAUGUGAUCUCUUCCCUGAAGAACAGGCUGAAGAAGGUCUCUACAACCACAGGCGAUGGAGUGGCCAGAGCCUUUCUCAAAGCCCAGGCUGCUUUCUUUGGCAGCUACCGAAAUGCACUGAAAAUUGAACCGGAAGAACCCAUCACCUUCAGUGAGGAAGCCUUCGUGUCCCACUACCGCUCUGGAGCCAUGAGGCAGUUCCUGCAGAAUGCCACACAGCUGCAGCUCUUCAAACAGUUUAUUGAUGGCCGUCUAGACCUUCUCAAUUCCGGCGAAGGUUUCAGUGAUGUCUUUGAGGAGGAGAUCAACAUGGGCGAGUAUGCUGGCAGUGAUAAGCUGUACCGUCAGUGGCUGUCUACAGUGCGGAAAGGAAGUGGAGCAAUUUUGAAUACUGUAAAAACAAAAGCUAACCCAGCCAUGAAGACUGUCUACAAGUUUGCAAAAGAUCAUGCAAAAAUGGGAAUAAAAGAGGUGAAAAACCGCUUGAAGCAAAAGGACAUCGCCGAGAAUGGCUGUGCCUCCUCUGCAGAAGAGUCCCUGCCAAAGACCCUGCCAUCCACCCUGGAAGAGGCCAAGGACCCCAGACUUCGAGAAGACCGGAGACCUAUCACAGUCCACUUCGGGCAGGUACGGCCACCUCGUCCGCAAGUUGUCAAGAGACCCAAGAGCAAUAUUACUGUGGAAAGCCGGAGGACAUCUGUCUCAAGCCCUGAGCACCUGGUAAAGCCCUUCCGACACUAUGCUGUUUUUCUCUCUGAAGACUCCUCUGAUGAGGAAUGCCGACAGGAAGAGGCCCCGAGCACCAGCUUCACUGAAAGCUUUUUCUUCUCUUCUCCUUUUGAAUGGCCACAGCCAUACCGGACAUUGAAAGAAUCAGACAGCGCAGAAGGCGAUGAAACCGAGAGCCCAGAGCAGCUAGUGCGGGAGCCCCGGGGGCCUAUCCCUGCCCCACCUGACCGAGCUGCCAGCAUUGACCUUCUAGAAGAUGUCUUCAGUAGCCUAGACAUGGAGGCAGCACUGCAGCCACUGGGCCAAGCCAAGAGCUUGGAGGAUCUCCGGGCCCCCAAAGACUUGUGGGAACAGCCAGGGAGCUUUGACUACCAGAGGCUGGACCUGUGCAGAAGUGAGAGGGGCCUUAGCAUGGCCACAGCCUUGAAGCUUACUCAUCCAUAUACAAAGCUCUGGAGUCUGGGUCAGGACGACAUGGCCAUCCCCAGCAAGCCCUCCACCACCUCCCCUGAGAUGCCCUCAGCUCUGUUUGGUACUUCCCCAGCUCUGCCUCACAGACCCCAGAAGCAGGACAGCAUCCUGAACCCCAGCACCAAGGAAGAGGCUCCCACCCAAACUCCAGGCAGCAUCACCAUUCCCCGGCCACAAGGCAGAAAGACCCCUGAGCUGGGCAUCGUGCCUCCACCACCCACUGCCCGCCCUGCCAAGGUCCAGGCUGUCGGCGGCCCACUUGGUGACUCUUCAGAGCAGCUCCAGAUGGACCAACAAAGACAAGCUGCCCUGAGCCCAGCCCUAUUGCCAGGGCUGCUCCCCAGUGCUGUCCCCCAAGGCCCCAUAGAACUUCUGCAGCCACUCAGCCCAGCCCCAGGAGCUGCAGGCACAGGCAGUGAUGCCCUGCUUGCCCUUCUGGACCCACUUAACACAGCCUGGUCAGGUAGCACCAUUCCACCACAUCCUGCCACCCCUAGUGUGGCUGCCCCAUUCACCCCCCAGCUCAACUUCCCUCCCACAGUGACACCCACCCCUUUUGCACGGCCACCACUCAAUCCCUUUGUCCCAUCUUUGCCAGUAGCUCCACCCACUGUGUCCCUGGGCUCUACUAUACCAGCCAGGCAUUUUGGGACACCUCCAGCGUCCCUGGGGCCAGCAUAUACACCUAGCAUCUUAUUGUCUGGUUCUGGCUUUUAUGGCCCUCACAGGUCUCAGCCCAGCCUAUCUGCCCUCUCCAUGCCCAAUCUCUUUGGCCAGAUACCCAUGGGUGCCCGCACUAGUCCCCUACAGCCACUUGGCCCCCCAGCUGUUGCCCCCUCCAGGAUCCGAACAUUGCCUCUGGCCCGCUCAAGUGCCAGAGCUGCUGAGGCCAAGCAGGGGUUGGCCCUGAGGCCUGGUGAACCCCCACUGCUGCCUACCAGACCACCCCAGGGUCUAGAACCAGUCCUGCAGCCUUCUGCUCCUGCACAGGCCAGAGACCCCUUUGAGGAUUUGCUACGAAAAACCAAGCAAGAUGUGAGCCCGAGCCCAGCCCCAGCCUCCACCUCUGUGGAGCAGCUCCGCAGGCAGUGGGAGACCUUCGAGUGAGCAGGCCUAUGCUACCGUCCAGUACCGUGCCUCCCUGUGUCCCAUUUCUGACCAGGUUCCACUGGGGCAAAGGGACUCUCAAUGCCCCCUCUCCUUCACAGCCCAUCUCUGAGGCCUGGCCCUGGAAAUGGUACCAUCCCAGAAGAGCCACCUGCUCCCACCUCAGCACCCUACAUAGGGUUUGCACUAAGAGGUCAGCUGGGCUGACCAUAUCCCACCGCCUUCCUUCCAGUUACCCAAGAGUAGACAAGAAGCUCAAGCCCUCUCUCAGGCCCAGUUCUCCUUUACCAGGCCCUGCCCCACAGGGCACAUGUCAGUAACACCCGUGUGAGCACACCUUUGGGGACACAGGUGUUUGAGGGGCUAAAGUGGCCACUCCUGGAAUGACAUUUCCCCUUUGUGGGCAUCUCCAACAUCUCUAGCAAUAUAAUCUUUCCUAACCACCAACCUGAGUUGUUCCUGGGGGCCAGGGGUCUGGGGACCCGAGCUCCAAACCCAGCUCCAGCCAGCCCUUUCAGGGUUUGGGAACACCAGCAACUUCUGUUUAUAGGAGAAACCCACAAAUCUGAGUGUUAGCUCUCUGCCACCCUCAUACCUCUGGGCAUAUCAGUCAUAGCUCAGGCUCAGCCUCUUGCCACUUAGAGCGUUAUAGGCAGAGCUGGGCAACAGUGACCCAGAUUCCAACUCAAAGGACAAGCCUCCUGCCACAGACAAAGGGAGAGGCACAGCUGUUUGAGCUCCUAGGUCAGGACCAGUUGGGGCCUCAGCCCCCCCCCCCAGAUUCCCCAUGAAGUAAAUAAAUGUGGCCUCUAAGCCUGAGACAAGUGGGGGCCUGGAAGCCAGCCCUCCCCAGUCUCCAGUUUCUCGCCAGUGCAGAAAUUCCUGAGGCCAAGUCACCAAAGUUAUGAAAUGUUUUGUUAUUGUUUCUUUGAUCUUGCUUUUCCUUUUUACCUUAUUGAUUUUGAUGAAUCUGGAAAAUUGAUUCCUUUCAAUAAAUCAAGGUAAAACACA